GAAUAGUUUUCUAGUCUUUCUGAAGGUCUUUCAAAGUUUUUAUUUUGACAUUAGCCUGCUUUUUCAUUCAUUUUCAGUCCUUUUUGUUCACUGAAGCCUCAUCAGAAAUGGUCUCAGUGGAAGGGUGGCUGUCAAGAAACCAUUCUGAAGAAAGGGAAACAUGGAGGAGAGACUGUCAGAUUAUACAAGAAAUAGACUGAAACUCAGUUGCAACAGGUCUCUUAGAGUGAUUAAUCCAAAUGUGAAAUUUGUGGUUCAAGACAUCUUUGAUGUGUUAGGAUAGCGAGGGACAACACUGAGUGUCUUCGGCCAUCUAUAUGGCAUGGUGGGGGUUCUGUCUAAUUAACAGCUUCAUUUUUCAGCUUGAUAAUGAUCCCAAAUACUGCCAGUGCUGUAAAAGCAUAUCAGCAUAGAAAAACACACACUGGUUCGCAGUCAAACACAAUGGUCUCUGCAGAGCUUGCAGUGUGGGCUCUACUUGACAGAGAGCAGAACAAAAAGACUUUCUUCUUUGAAUGUCCUUUAAGAAGCUUGGAGACCUAUAUCUGAAGGCUACUUAAAGAAAUGACAAGAAAGCUGCCCAAGAGAGCUCAGACUGUGUUGAAGAAUGGAAGCGAUCAUACCAAAUACUGAUUUUCAAUCUCUGCACCUAGUUUGUAUUUUCCAAAUAUAUAAAGAAAUUAGUGGUGGCUCAGGACUUUUGCACAGCACUGUACAUGCCUAAAUGCAAUGAGUUGCAGUUAUCCGACUCGGUAACAGGUAUGCCUAAUGAAAGUUUUUGCAUUUUAUUUAUUUAUUUGCUUUUUUCAUUAAGUUCCAUUCUUAAUUUUUUCACAUAAUAACUCUAAAAGUGCCCUCUAGGUAAACGUUUGCCUGUUUUGAAAUGAACACAGAUUCAUUCUGAGCUACUGUAAUAACACCGGCCAAGGGAGAUGGUGUUGGGCAAGUGAAGUAGUAGUGGCAGCGGUCUAAAUUUAGUCGCCCUCUGCUUGUGAACUAAAUACCAAUGACAACAGACAAACUGACACCCACCCACUCAUUCAGUCACUUACAGGCUGCAGCCCCCACUUGCUGCCCUCCCCAACACAAGCCUCAGUAACGGGGAGCGUGAGCACCCACACGGGUCACACUACCCGGUCUGACCUCACCUUUCUUUCCCCGAGGAGACAGGCACAACUUGAGACAACCCCCUGAGGGUCCUUCAGGACAGGUAAGCCAUCGCUUGGGCUUCUCCACAGGUGUGCUGUCCAUGUCUAACGUGACACUUGCACUUUUAAUCAAGCAUGACUCUCUCUGCCACCUACACUUAGUCCCUCUGUAUUUUACUGUUGGUGUAAUAGCUUGCUUUUAUAUUUAUUUAUUUGAUGAACACAUACAUGAGAAUGUAUGUCUUUUUUCUGUAUUAAUUUAAAGAUAUAUAUGGGAUAUGUCCUGAUUUAUUUAAAGCAAAUGUACCUAAAAUGCAAAGCUAUAAAUAGCAUAUAUAUAUCUACACAACAGCAAGGAUAAGUUUCUGACGUACUGGAGGUAAAGCAUUUUGCAACCUUGUCUGUUAUCUGCAAUGACAAAAUAACUGAUUUCUAAGUGAUGGUAAUUUGAGGACUUGCUGUGAAAUGCUCGUUGGUUCUUUGAGAAAUUGUUCUUUGCUUUGUGAAAAGCAUUUUGGAUUCUAAUAAAACACUUGUGUUCUCCGACACCUUGGUGUAAACUUUCCGAUUUGCUCUCUAAUCUGCUGUCUCACAUGUUCGAUGUGACAACACCGUGCUCUGCAUCCCUGUCCUUUCAGCCCACUUGGGUAAUUUCAAACAUAUCGAUUCCGAGACGCCCCUGACACUGCUGGUUGCCAUAUCUGAAGAGCAUGUGCUUGGCGUUUAACAGCCCAAGGUUAUUUAAAGGGAUGUGCUAACUUUGCCCUUUUCACUGCCUUGAUAAAUCCUAUCUGCUUCGGUGGGAUUUUGUGCGUGUUGUGGGUGUUUGAUGACUAACACGUAGCUGCCUUGCUUUUGUCUUUGGUUGUACAUUUGAACAGAUUGUACUGAUGUGCACUGUCUCCUGUGACUUUUUGCCUCACCCCAAUCUCCCCAAUGGCAGCCAUGUCACAGUUCUCCACCAUGACAACCAGAGAGAGGAAAAUGCAGGCAGCAGCAAUCUGCAGGGAGGUUCAAGCCCAAGAAGAUAUAGAAAUGGAUCUGGGAAAGAAAAUGAGUGUGCCUAAGGACAUUAUGCUGGAGGAGCUGUCUUUCGCCUCCAACCGGGGCUCCCGUCUCUUCAAAAUGCGUCAGAGACGAUCAGAAAAAUACACUUUUGAGAGCAUCCAGAACCAAAACAACACACAGCUCAAUAGCACUGCCAUCUUCCAAACUGAGACUGGGAAUACCACUGACAGCCACAGCGGCCAGAACAACGUAGGUGUUGACCAGCCACCGAAAGUGACAUGUGACACAACAACUAUUGAAAUGGUGCCAGAUCCCACCAGUAUUGCCCCGGGGUAUGGAGGUCCUUUGAAAGACAUCCCUCCGGAGAAGUUCAACAGUACAGCUGUGCCAAAGUCCUACCACUCACCCUGGGAGCAGGCCAUUAUCAAUGACCCUGCCUUGGCUGACACUCUCAUCACCCGCAUGCCAGAGCUGGCACCUCGACAAGACCUGCCGGGGUACAAAAGCUUCAACAGGGUGGCAACCCCUUUUGGUGGUUUCAGCAAAGCACCCAGGCCUGCUCCUGUCAAGACCCUUCAGGUAGAAAUCCUCCCAGAGCUCCCGGAGCUCCAAGGGGACACCUCGGUAAUUCGACCCUCCUUCAACAGAUCUGCUCUGGGGUGGGUGUCUACGGGUGGUCCAGUCCCCCUCCCUAAUGUUUCUGUCGAGAAUGCGCUCAUCCCUGAGUCAGAAGACCUUUGAACCCAUGUUGAAGUCACACAGAGAUGCUGUCUACUUAGUUGCUUAACCUGAGGUUGUUGUUUGUGGAGUGAUGCUGGAGUCAGAACAGAGCAUCCUGUUGGGUGUUGCUGGUUCAAGUUAGCGUGUAUGUAGCACCCUUUGGUUUUUCCAGUGAUGUUAACAGUUGCUCUGCAGGGAAUAAUUUAAAAAAAAAACACUGUACAUUAGACAGACACACUACUGAAAACUGUUGUAUAUUGAUUUUCAUAAACAGAUUUUAUCUCACGUUUUUGCUCAAUAAAGUGGCGUACAAUGAUCAAAAAUCCAAUCAGAAUUUUUGAUUUUCCUUUUAAUUGGUUUAAAAAGAAUUGCAAGUUUCUGUCAAAGGGAAAAAUUGCACAUUUCUGUUUUGGGAAAGGAAACAGAAUGCAAUAUGUAUGUGUGCGAUACGGGUUGGUAUGAGCUAGCUUCAGUGAAGGAUGGUGCAUUUUUGUGCCAUAGUCCUAUGCAAAUUUCUCAGUUAUCAUAGUGUGUGAGAGGCCAGAGAUCCAUGUGAGCCAGUGUAACGUGCCUCAAGGUUACACUGCCUGACAAAUCAAAUCUGCUUCAGUGAUAUGAGCGACUUGACUGAUGUGUCUCUCACCUUUUGGCUAUGCCAAGCAGAAGAAGGAUUGACGUUUGAUAAGCUGUGGCCGCUGUCUUUCUGUUUACUACCACAACAGCCUAUUUUGGAAGGCACCUCAGCUACAAGAAGCUUAAGCAGCCAGAUUUAUUCCAAAUACCAUACAUGUUGCAUUUGGGGUGAAUGGAUAUU